GCAGUUGGGCGCGGGGAGGAGCCGCCGCCGCCGCCAUGGCGGAGUGCUCGGGGCUGCAGUUCGUCAGCCCUUACGCCUUCGAGGCGAUGCAGAAGGUGGACGUGGUGCGCCUGGCCGCCCUGAGCGACCCCGAGCUGCGGCUGCUGCUGCCCUGCCUGGUGCGCAUGGCCCUCUGCGCCCCCGCCGACCAGAGCCAGAGCUGGGCCCAGGACAAGAAGCUCAUCCUGCGGCUCCUCUCGGGCGUGGAGGCGGUCAACUCCAUCGUGGCCUUGCUGUCCGUGGACUUCCACGCCCUCGAGCAGGACGCCAGCAAGGAGCAGCAGCUCCGGCACAAACUAGGAGGAGGUAGUGGAGAAAGCAUCUUGGUGUCACAGCUUCAGCAUGGGUUGACACUGGAGUUUGAACACAGCGAUUCGCCUCGUCGGCUUCGUCUCGUACUGAGCGAAUUACUGGCAAUUAUGAAUAAGGUGUCGGAAUCAAAUGGUGAGUUUUUUCUCAAAUCUUCAGAGCUCUUUGAGAGUCCUGUUUAUCUGGAGGAGGCAGCAGAUGUUCUCUGCAUUUUGCAAGCAGAGCUGCCAUCGCUGUUGCCGAUAGUUGAUGUGGCUGAAGCUCUGUUGCAUGUUAAAAAUGGAGCCUGGUUCCUCUGCCUUCUGGUGGCCAAUGUUCCCGAUAGCUUUAAUGAGGUCUGUAGAGGUUUGAUUAAGAAUGGUGAACGGCAGGAUGAGGAAAGUGUUGGAGGCCGUCGUAGAACAGAAGCACUUCGGCACUUGUGUAAAAUGAACCCUUCCCAGGCUUUAAGGGUCCGAGGCAUGGUGGUGGAAGAAUGUCAUCUGCCAGGUCUUGGUGUGGCUUUGACCUUGGAUCACACCAAAAAUGAAUCUUCAGAUGAUGGAGUGAGUGACCUGGUGUGUUUUGUGAGUGGUUUGCUACUUGGAACAAACGCAAAGGUUCGAACUUGGUUUGGGACUUUUAUCCGAAAUGGCCAACAGAGAAAAAGAGAUAAUAUCAGUUCUGUGCUUUGGCAAAUGAGGCGGCAGCUGCUCCUGGAGCUCAUGGGAAUCCUUCCCACGGUUCGCAGCACACACAUUGUUGAAGAAGCAGAUGUUGAUAUGGAGCCAAAUGUGUCUGUGUAUUCAGGGCUGAAGGAAGAGCAUGUCGUGAAAGCCAGCGCAUUGUUACGCCUCUAUUGCGCUUUGAUGGGAAUUGCUGGGCUGAAACCAACUGAUGAAGAAGCUGAACAGCUACUGCAGCUGAUGACCAGCCGGCCUCCCGCAACUCCAGCUGGUGUUCGCUUUGUAUCUCUUUCCUUUUGUAUGCUUCUGGCCUUCUCCACUCUUGUCAGCACCCCGGAACAGGAGCAACUCAUGGUAAUGUGGCUUAGUUGGAUGAUAAAGGAAGAAGCUUACUUUGAAAGCAUUUCUGGUGUGUCUGCUUCUUUUGGAGAGAUGCUUCUCUUGGUAGCCAUGUAUUUCCAUAGUAAUCAGCUCAGUGCUAUCAUUGAUUUGGUCUGCUCCACCUUGGGAAUGAAGAUUGUUAUUAAACCCAGCUCACUCAGCAGAAUGAAGACAAUCUUCACACAGGAGAUUUUCACCGAACAGGUUGUUACAGCUCACGCAGUUCGUGUGCCUGUUACAGGGAAUCUCAGUGCCAACAUUACUGGGUUUUUACCUAUUCACUGCAUUUACCAGCUUUUAAAAAGUCGAUCAUUCACCAAACACAAAGUAUCCAUUAAGGACUGGAUCUAUCGGCAGCUCUGUGAAACCACCACUCCACUCCAUCCUCAGUUGCUCCCUCUUAUCGAUGUCUACAUUAACUCUAUCCUUACUCCUGCAUCCAAAUCCAACCCAGAGGCCACAAAUCAGCCUGUCACGGAACAGGAGAUACUGAAUGUUUUUCAAGGACUCUCUGGGGUAAAUCCAAAUUUUUGUUCUCAAGAAUCAGGAAUGCAACAUGACCUUUGUAUGUGGUUUUAUGUACAGGGAGAAAAUACUCGUCUUACUCAACGAUACAGCAUCACAACACAAUUGCUUGUCCUCUACUAUGUCCUGUCGUACGAAGAAGCACUUCUGGCAAAUACAAAGAUACUAGCUGCCAUGCAGAAAAAACCCAAGUCUUACUCUUCAGCAUUAAUGGAUCAGAUUCCAAUCAAGUACCUCAUCCGGCAGGCACAAGGACUGCAGCAGGAACUGGGAGGCUUGCAUUCCGCACUGUUGCGCCUUCUUGCAACUAACUAUCCACACCUCUGCAUUGUGGAAGACUGGAUCUGUGAGGAACAGAUCACGGGCACUGAUGCCUUACUGAGGAGGAUGCUUCUUACAAACAUUGCGAAGAAUCACUCUCCCGUACAGCUCCAGGAAGCAUUUUCCAUGCUGCCUGGAAACCAUACCCAGCUGAUGCAGAUUUUAGAACAUUUAACGCUUCUCUCAGCUGGUGAAUUGAUCCCAUAUGCAGAAGUAUUGACAUCAAAUAUGAAUCGCUUGCUGAAUGCUGGAGUCCCUCGGAGGAUUCUUCAGACUGUCAAUAAACUUUGGAUGGUUCUUAACACUGUGAUGCCAAGAAGAUUGUGGGUGAUGACUGUUAAUGCUCUACAGCCUUCGGCAAAAAUAGUCCGACAGCAGAAAUACACUCAGAAUGAUCUGAUGAUUGAUCCUUUGAUUGUACUAAGAUGUGAUCCGAGAGUUCAUAGGAGUCCUCCCCUGAUGGAUAUAACUUUGCACAUGUUGAACGGAUAUCUUCUUGCUUCAAAAGCUUACCUCAAUUCUCACCUAAAAGAAACAGCAGAGCAGGACAUUAGGCCAUCCCAAAACAAUGCAAUGGGUCCAGAGGCCCCAGAAGUUACAAGGGAAGAAUUAAAAAAUGCAUUGCUUGCUGCUCAGGACAGUGCUGCUGUGCAGAUUCUUCUAGAGAUCUGCUUGCCUACAGAAGAAGAGAAAGCCCAGAGCAGUCAUACCCACAGUUUGCUAAAGAGUGUUCAUAGUACCAUAGGACCUAAGAGUCCUGAACUAGAGGAAGAAGAUAGCUUGCUGUGUAAUCUUCGAGAGGUCCAGUGUCUGAUCUGCUGUCUACUGCAUCAGAUGUAUAUAGCUGAUCCCAACAUAGUCAAACUAGUUCAUUUCCAGGGUUAUCCAUGUGAACUUCUGGCACUGACAGUGGCAGGGAUUCCAUCGAUGCACAUCUGUCUGGAUUUCAUACCGGAGCUCAUUGCCCAGCCUGAACUUGAAAAACAGAUAUUUGCCAUCCAGUUACUUUCAUUUUUGUGUAUCCAGUAUGCACUACCUAAAUCUCUCAGUGUGGCUCGUUUAGCUAUCAAUGUGAUGGGAACCCUACUCACGGUUUUAACCCAAUCGAAGCGCUAUGCUUUUUUUAUGCCGACCUUGCCUUGUUUGGUGUCAUUCUGUCAAGCCUUUCCUCCUUUGUAUGAGGAUAUUAUGUCUCUGCUGAUACAAAUAGGACAAGUUUGUGCCUCUGAUGUUGCUACACAGACGAGAGACUUUGACCCAAUUAUUACACGUCUCCAGCAACUAAAGGAGAAACCACAUGAAGUGUCAGGACUUUGUAAAGAUUCAUCUAACAAAAGUUGUUCAAGUGACAUUUCAAGCAUGGACCCUGAUGUUCAGUUAUGCCAGUGUGUUGAAAAUACUAUCAUUGAAAUAAUUAACAUGAGCGUAAGUGGAGUUUAGGAAUAACACAAAUUAAAUUGUACUCUAGCUAGUCCCACGGUCUGUGGUGCCUAAGUUUGGAGAAGGCUGCAAAAGUGGACUGAGGAACUGGAGCACAAGAAGUCCACGUUUUUCAUUCAUUUGAUUCAGUUAUGGCUGAAAAGAAAAUAACUCUUUAAAAGAGGCUUAUGUUGCUUCCAGUGAAAACUUUUGAGGCUGAUGGGGUUGGUGAGUAAUUUUAAGUGAAAACUAAGCGUGAUUUUCAGGCUUGCUCUGUUUCUGAAGUGAUACAGCAACACCCAAAAGGGUUUUAUAACACUGUGAAAACUGAAUACUCAAUUUGUUGAGAAAACACCAAAAUGAUGGGUAAGAAAAAUUUGAGAUUGACGUGCUUUGCUUAAGAUAAAUGAACUACUGUUCCAGAGCCUUGCAGAGCAAGAUGGAAUAAAAUACUCCAAGGAGGACUUGAAAAAGUGGGUUAAGUAAUUUGCACCAUCACACUGAUAACUAAGAAAAUGCUUUAACCUUUUGCUAUUUGUGUUUCAAACUAUUGGUCAAGGUUUCAGUUCAUGAAAUCAGGAACUUCAUUUAAAGAUCAGCCAGCCUUCAUUAGCAGUUUGAAACUGGUCUAAAUGUUUCUUUUAAAAAAAGUACUAGUAGUAUGAAAUGAGCUGUAUCAAUGUGAUUUUUAAAGAAUAUGUAUUUUGCAUGCAGCUCAGAUGGUUUAGUAUUUUUUAACAUCGCAUGGUUUAAAAGAGAUGAGAAAGACUUCAGGAAAUAAGUGCAAAAGUAUCUUAAAUUGUCAUCAGGAUAAGAUUAAAAAAAGACAUUAGUGUUGAGGGUGACUGACAGGAGCUAAAUUUCACUGUAAUGAAAGGAAUGACAGAUUUCAGCCAUAUCAGAGCGGUUACAUGCAGCUCAGUGGACAAGAAGGCUGAAUCCUUUGUGCUUCACACAUAAAGUUGGUUGUUCUUUCAUAGACAAAAGCUGCAGGAUUUAGCCUCAACAGCUAUGUUCUGUGGCACUGCAGAAGGGGGUGUGUGGUGCAAUAUUUGGGAGUUUCUUGAAGGUUGCACAAGCACUUACAUGAGGCAGCACAUGCUUUUGUGGCAGAGAAAGAACAUUAAGGUUUGGCUGUUGUGCCAGAAGUGAAUGUAGUCCUUCAACACACUUGAAUUGCUACACUUGUCAAUCUAUCACUUACUUUUCUCUUAAAAGACAACAUCCAGGUUCCUUAAAUAAGUAAAAUAUUUUUCAAUUAAAACCAGUUUAUAUCCCAGAAAUUAGUGGUCUGAUUCUUUAGUGUGGCCUUGGGAAAGAUCUUGCAUAUCUUGUCUUCUGCCUGUGUUGGACAGUGAUUUAGGAAGGCCAAUACUGAAUUGCCAAACACACUUGGGUUUGCAUUCCAGAAUUACCAGCGUGCUGUAACCACCCCGUAAUACCAUCUGGCUACCAAGUGUAUUUUUGUCAUCUCGAUGUAAAGUAUGUAAAUAAUCUUAAUGUAUGUAUUUUUUUGCCCUCUGUUUUAAGUGUAAUUUUAUAUGCUGUAGUGGUAUUUAAAUAAAAAAGAAAAGAAA